AUGCCGCGCAUCGACUCUUCGGCGUCUUCUGCCUCGCCCUCCCCCUCCGCUGCGGGCGCGGCGCGACCGCCGCCGCUGUCUCCGGCGUUCGCGGCGGCCGCAGGCGAGGGGGCGUCGCCGACAUUUUCUUCCGCGGCACUGCCGUCGCUGAACGCGCUGCAGGUUGUUCGCUUCCAUCCUGUGGAGCGCGAAUCAGACUUGCGCGACCCGCCAGAGGCGCUCGCCUUCUCACCGCUGUUCUGUCACCACUUUUUCAAGGACAACGAGUGCAUUUCGGGCUACGACGAGCUGGCGAUUGACAUCUUCUUCUCGCCCGACACGUUCGACACGUUCAUCCGCGUGCGCGGCGUGAUCUCCCCGCGCGCCCGCGACCCCGCCGCCAUCCACAGCAACCUGCUGCGCGAUCUCUUCGAGUCGGUGACCUUCCCCGGCGGCCUCGCGACCUCUGAGAAAGACUUCCUAGAGAGUGUGCGCAGAAACCGCGCCCACUUCGUGGCCCCCGGCCGCGUCGUCGCCGAGAAGGCCCUCGGCCCAAGCCCCGCGGCGGCGGGCGAGGGCGGCGCGGACGACGCAGGCGAGGAGGACGUUGUGAAGAUGCAGCUGCGCGAGUGCUCCUUCGACGUGGAGGAAGACGACCCCUUUCUGCUUCUGCACCGCCGCGUCGAGUGGUUCCUUCACUGGUUCAUCGAGAGCGCAAGCGCCAUCCACACCGAUAGUCAGUGGCGGGUUAUCCUGCCCUACAUCGUCCGCGAAAAGCGGCGCGCAGGCAGCCACGCAGACUCGCAGAGGGCUCCGGACGCGUCAGUCGCCGAGACAAGGCAAAUACAGACAGAAAAAAAGCCUGGAAAGAAGCCAGAGGGGCAGGAACCGCGAGACGACGACGAGGUGGAGAAGGCCCGCAAAGAAGGGGAACGCCUCGGCCUGACUCAGAAAGCUGCGGAGAAGUGCGAAGAGGUCUCGCGGCGCUUCGCGGAGCAGUGGCGAGCGGGAAACGGUCGCGCGGAGGGCGCGCAGCAGGCGAGCGAGGAGCCGCAGAAGACGGGGGACGGAGGCCGCAAGCGCCCGCCCGAGCCUGCCCCCGAGACCGAGCCGGGGGCUAAGAAGCUCAAAGCGAGUCAGGCGUCGCUCAUGAGCCAGGCGCGCCUGUUUGUUGGGGACGUGGAGAAAGCCCGGGAGGAGAGCGGCUUCAGCGUGCUGCCCGUGUUCGCCGUAUACAGCCAUGCCAGCGCGGAGAGCCAGACAAAGCGCGAGCGCCAAGAAGAGAGUCGUGAAAACAGCGAAAACGGCGAACGCAGGGGCGCCCCCCACGCCCAGGCGAGCAGCCCACGAGGUGCCGAGCGGAAGACAGGCAAAAGCCUCGGCGCCGCUGCAGAGGCAGGAAGCGACGCGCGAGGCGAGCCGGAGGCCGCGAAACAGGAGCUCUCGCCGUCGGCGAAGGGACAAAAACGGGAACAGGCUGGAAAGGAGAGAACAGAGAUCCCCGCAGACGCACGCGUCACCUACCACCUCGCGGGCAUCGCGACGACCUACACUUUCUACGCCGUGACCGGCUUCAGACGAAGAAUCAGUCAGUUCAUGGUCUUCCCGCACAUGCAGCGCCAAGGCGUGGGAAUGGCGGUCCUCGAGCACGUCUACUGCGACGCCAUCCUCGAUCCCUACGUCAUCGAGUUCACCGUCGAGGACCCUGCGUCCUCCUUCUCGCAGUUGCGCGACGUCGCGUCGCUCAAGCUGCUCAUUGAUCUCGGCGCCCUCCCGCGGUCGCUUCUGUACCCUCCAGCUGCCGUCUCCUCUGCGGAAGAAGCUCCUGAGGAAGAGGAGAAGCGCAGGAUGAUGUGUGCUUCGCAGCGCCUGGUGAUGCUCACCAAGGAAACCACGAAACAAGCCACGCGCAUGUCGGAAAUUCUUCAACUCGGGCAGCAGCUGCCGCACCCGCUUCCGCCGCCGCCUGUCGAGUCUGAAGACCUUGAGCACCGGCGCGAUUGGCGGCUGGCGGCCCCACAAGAUGCGCAGGCCGCUUCCGCGUCGGCGGUGCGCGACGGCGAAGGCGAGGCCGACAACGGCGAGAAAGGGGCGGACGCGGUCGCGCGCCGGUCAGCCGCACCCUCGGGUCCCCGAAAAGCCGCGGCGCACGUUGGCGGGGGGGCUGCCGUGAGCGCGGGCGACGGCGAAGGCUGCAAGGAAGUCCGCCUGAAAGUCAAGCGGAGACUGAAGCGGGAAAACAUCCACUGGCUGGUCGAUAUUCCCUUUGCACAGCAAAAGGCGGAGCUGCAUCAGCUGUGGAAUCAGCUUUACGUCAAGUACUACAGAACGCUUUCCAAGUUGAGGAAAAUGUUCCCGCUGCCGCCGACGACCACUGAAGGCUCUAGAUAA